AUGAAUAGCGACAUUCCCGAUCCCAGCGACUGGAUCGACUCCAAGCUGAGCGGCCUCAAAGACGUGGACGAGACUCUGCGCUGCCACAUCUGCAAGGAGUUCUUCACUGCGCCCAUGAUCACGGGAUGUGGCCAUACCUUCUGCUCGCUGUGUAUCCAGCGAUAUCUCACCAACACCAGCCAGAGAUGCCCCACGUGUAUGCAGGAGCAGCAGAUUUCGCAGCUGCGCAAAAACGUGACUGUCGAGACCCUCGUGGAGCAUUUCAGCGCCCAGAGAGCCACGAUUCUUCGCGUGGUGAAGGAGGCGGCAAAACAGCCGAUUCCAGAGGUGGUGGAGCCACCCAGCAGUCCAGAUUUGGACGACGGAAGACGCCGGUCCGGUCGCAAACGUACGCGCACAAACUACACAGAAACCCUGGUCUCGUCGGACGACAUUCAGGUCGAGUGUCCUGUUUGCCAGGCCAUGCUUCCAGGAGCAGCCAUCAACAGACACCUGGACAACAACUGCAACGACACCGGAGCCAAUGGAGGCAACUGGCUGGGCACCAAGAAAAAGACCAAGCCGCUGCGCAAGAUUCAGCGAGUCAACCAGGCGUCAGAAAGCGUGGCCAACGUGCGUCGCAAACUGCAGGAUGAAGGCCUUUCUACUUCGGGGUCCAAACAGACGCUGUUUCGGCGCUACGACGAGUGGGUGACGCUGUGGAACGCAAAUGUGGACAAUAAGACGCCACGGUCAAAGAGCGAUAUCAAGGACGAUCUGCGAAGGUGGGAAACGACAGUGGUGGCAAACGAAAACGCACAACCGGUGAAAAUGACCAUCAAGAACAUUGACGAUAGACAGUGGGUCCAGAAACACAAGGAAGACUACGACUAUCUGAUCGAACAGGCAAGGAAGUCGAUUCUCAAGAAGAAACAGGAAAAGGAAAAGGAGCAGCAGCAGCAGCAGGAGGGGCACCAAAAAGCAGUGGAUCGCAGGGAGGACAACGAGCCGGACAUGAAGAGGAGUGAAACAGAGGGGUAUCAGGUUGUCUCCUAA